AACACUGAAGUGACCCCCCAACUCCCCGACAGUCAUUCAAAGGGAAAAUCGGAGUAACGUGUGGAGCAGCUUCGGCAACUGUCGUAAUAAUGAUUGAGUUUCUGAAAAAAGUGAAUACUUUAUGAUGGUCGGCCGAAAUUAGGUAAAUUAAAUAAAUGAUGGAACAUAACACCAGCCGUCAUGUCCUCUGUCUAUGCUAUUAACAUCAAAUUGUCUUACCAUCCAUUGGGUUUUUCUAUAGAGGAUGAAAUACUGAGAAUUAUGAACGUAUGUUUAAUAUCUUCCACACACGUUCCAACCGCCUUUCAAACAAGUGGCACAAUCGAAACCCAUAGCUGACAGUUCCUAUUUAAACAACAAAAAAACCCUAUAUACAUGGUAGAGUGAAACCCAUACACUUGGUUUAGUUCCUGUGCAGUGCAAAGCUUAAAUAGAAAGGCGGGUAUGGCUACCGAUACUGUUCCACUUCUCAACGACCGUGAUGGCAAUGAUAUCAACAAAGGAGAAAAGCUUGUUAGCUGGGUUAAGGAGUUUGGGUCUGAGUCGAAGAGAUUAUGGCAUAUUGCAGGGCCGGCUAUUUUCACAGCGCUUUGUCAGUACUCAUUGGGAGCCUUCACCCUAACUUUUGCUGGUCGGCUUAGUGAACUAGACCUUGCUGCAGUCUCUGUUGAGAACUCUGUUAUAGCUGGUCUUUCUUUCGGUGUUAUGUUAGGAAUGGGGAGUGCAUUGGAGACUCUAUGUGGUCAAGCAUAUGGCGCUGGGAGGCUAAGGAUGUUGGGGGUUUACAUGCAGAGAUCAUGGGUUAUUCUAUUGGUUACAGCUUGUUUAUUGGUUCCUAUUUACAUUUGGUCCCCUCCAAUCCUUGUACUGUUUGGAGAAACCACUGAAAUCUCCACUGCUGCAGGCAAGUUUGCUUUGUGGAUGCUGCCACAAUUAUUUGCUUAUGCUCUUAACUUUCCUUUACAGAAGUUUUUACAAGCACAGAGGAAAGUUAUGGUGAUGGCUUGGAUUUCAGCAAUGGUAUUAGUGCUACAUGUCUUUUUCAGCUGGUUGCUGAUACUUAAAUUGGGAUGGGGAUUAAUUGGUGCAGCCAUAACUUUGAAUACAUCAUGGUGGCUCAUAGUUAUUGGACAGUUUUUAUACAUUUUAAUAACCAAAUCGGAUGGUGCUUGGUCUGGAUUCUCAUGGCUAGCAUUUGUGGAUCUAUUUGGCUUUGUCAAGCUUUCUUUGGCUUCAGCUAUUAUGUUAUGCUUGGAGUUUUGGUACUUAAUGAUGCUUAUAGUCAUAACAGGUCACCUGUCAAACCCUUUGGUACCUGUUGAUGCCAUCUCCAUUUGCAUGAACAUAAAUGGAUGGGAUGCAAUGAUUGCAAUCGGGUUCAAUGCUGCUAUAAGUGUGAGAGUAUCAAAUGAACUUGGACGUGGGAACGCAUGGCUUGCCAAAUUGUCCGUGAUAGUUGUUUCAAUCACAUCAGUGAGCAUAGGAAUUGUAUGCAUGAUUGUGGUGUUUGCAACCAGAGGUUACUUCCCUUACCUCUUCACUACCAGUGAAGCUGUUGCUGAAGAAACGACUAAGCUAGCUAUAUUGUUGGGGAUAACGGUCCUCUUAAACAGCCUCCAACCGGUCUUAUCCGGUGUUGCUGUUGGAGGCGGAUGGCAGUCUCUGGUGGCGUACAUCAACAUCGGGUGUUACUAUAUUGUUGGCUUACCGGCUGGCAUUCUCCUUGGAUUCACAUUUGGCUUUGGGGUUAUGGGUAUUUGGUCAGGCAUGAUAGGGGGCAUUGUUUUACAAACCUUAAGCUUGAUAGUUGUGAUUUCACUUACCAACUGGAACAAGGAAACUGUUGAAGCUGAAAGUCGUAUAAAGAAAUGGGGAGGACCAAGUGAUGCAGAGUCAUGAUUUUGUAUCACCUAGGUCACUAAUUCAGUAAUAAAUUUUAGAUAUUAUUUUAUACAAUCUAGAAAAAUAAUUAUGUAUAAUGAGAUUCGAGCUCAAAAUAUUAUAAUUUUUAAUUUUUAACUCUUAUAUUUCUUUAUUGAAUUAUUUUCUCCUUGUUAAUUUUGUUUUGUUUAAUAUAUGUAACUAGACAAUCAUUCUGGACAAAAAUACUCUUAUCAUAAAAAGUAUAUUUCCUUUAAAA